GAAUGUCCUGCGCUUCUUCUGGAGGCUCUCAGUGAAAGCAUCCUCCUCCUUGAGUUCACUGAAUGGAUGUUUGCUGGUCCGAGAUGAAGUCUUUGUGUUGGAAGCUGACCGUCACCUGCUUGUGGCUUUUUCCCUCUGUGGUCCAAGAAACAACCAAAGCCUCAAGCCAACAACGGCGAGCAGAUGAAGAAGGAAGAGUAGACGCUGUUGGAGUGUCUUUCAAGGUCAAACACAUCUCCAAGGACUUACAGAUCAUCUCCACCAAAUACAAAACCCCCGCAUAUGGCUCUCUAGGCCCGUACGGGUGGCCUCGGAACUUCUCCCUCGAUCAACAUCUGUACAACCCUCCAUCCAAAUCCAAGCCUCAUCCAAAAGUGUCCCCCAAGUCCAAGAAGAUUUUGGGUUGGGGCGAUUUUUACUUCAAUGUGAAAACACUGAAAUUCAGCCUUCUGGUGACCGGGAAGAUUGUGGACCACAUCAACGGCACGUUCAGCGUCUAUUUCCGCCAUAACUCCUCGCAUUUGGGCAAUAUAACCGUCAGCAUUGUGCCACCUUCUAAGGCGCUUGCCUUGGAGGUUCUGGAUCCGGGAAUUCCAAGCAUUCACACCAGGAACUCUGUCCUAUUACCAGACCUAGCAUCCCAGUUUCAAUCCACCAGUUCAACCCCUCCAGACCUUCCCAAGCAGCAGCAGGAUUUGAUGGUCAUGACCGAGCUCAACUGCCGCGUGGAGUACCAAAGAACCAAUCGGUCCAAGAAGACCAAGCCCUGCAUGUACGACCCGGGCCAAACCUGCUACUCGGAAAACACCCAGUCACAGGCAGCGUGGAUCUGCGCCAAACCCUUUAAGGUCAUAUGCAUUUUUAUUGCCUUCACUGGGACAGACUACAGGCUGGUGCAGAAGGUGUGCCCGGACCGCAACUUUCAGGCUGAGCAGAGCCAGCAGCACUUUGGAUGACUGUUAUCCAGACAAUGAUGACUGCAAGGUAGCUUGGAGAUGAACCAACUGUUUUAUACACAGUGUCCAAUUGUUUUUGGGGGUUUUAUUGGUGAAUCAACAAUUUGUUUUUCAAAUCUUGGGGCUAGUUACGGGGCUAGUUACAAGAGUUGACCUCAGCAACCAUCCAUAACAAUGCAGUAGGCCUUUAAUUUAUUUGGAUUUCCCCUAAAGCUUAGGUCACAACCGGAUGUACAAUUUUUUUUGGCCGUGCGAUUUUUGGCUUUCCCCAAAUCGCUGUGUUCUUUUUGUUUGUGAAGAACGUACUUGUGGUGACAAUGAAGGAGUAAUAGUUGGAGGACGUACAAAAUAUCUCAAUGUUCGUUGGCCGCACUAUGUGGGGUGCAUGUGUGGCACACGACACACAUUGGAGACUGUAAGUGCGACAUCCGAAAAUAUUUUACUUUUCACCCAAACCUGACACCAGCAAAAUGUACAAAAGACACACAUUGGCCGUACGAGCGACGCACAAAGAUGUACCAAGUGCGUAAGUUAGUCUUGCAACCUGAAAAAAACAUAAGCGGCCGUAGAGAUUGUUUGACUUGACAAAGAACCUUUGCGGCCAGUCUACGGCUUGGAAAUCAGCGAGUCACACGCACACCCUCUGUGUGUUUCUGGCUUUUAUUUUGUACGCACACGGGCCGUAGGAGCCCGUAUGACCGGUUGCGACCUUGGCUUAAGAAAGAGUGGAAUUCAUCUGGUGUUGGGGUCAAAUUGUCACCGAUAGAAUGUCAAAUGUUAGACAAAGAACUAAGGGUGUGUUCACAUUUGUCAUGUUUGGUUCGGUUAAAAGGAAUUUGGGCGUGUUUGCUCUUCUAGGCAUGUCCAAACUUUUUCUGCCGAUGGCCACAUACAGGCGGGGGUCAUUUUUGACUGUAUUUAUUUGUGUUACCGCUGCACACAAAAGGGUGAUAAUUUGUCAAAACAUGCACUGUGUUGCUUGUGCUCUUAUUUUUCUGACAAAUCCAUUACAGUUUGGUGCUUGGAUUAAACCCCCCAGUUUGGCCCCAUGCAGUCAUGGCCCAAAACACUGGCAUGCCAAAUAAAAGAUAUGUAUCUAUUUAUCAGUGCUCACCUUUUAUCCAAAUUUUACCGCGCACAGUAGACAUUUUUGAACCACAAUUACUUCCGGUACUAUAAAAUUAAUUAACCAGUUAAUCAUGUUUAAUAUUUCAAUUUAAUUAAAUGUAAAAAUGGUUUAUGUUUGUUAACUGUGCAGCAGUAGGGGCUACAUGGCUUCAAGUCAAAUGUCUGAAGGGGUACACGAUUGCAAACAUUUUGGGAACCACUGCUAUACAGUAUGCAGACUGUUGCAUGGACUAGCUGUAAAUAUUGCACUGUCAGUAUUGAACAAGAAGAAGCAAGACAUUUGCAAACCUUCAGAAUUUAACUUAUGUUAAUUGUCUUGUUGGCUCAGUUAAAAUGCGUGGGGGGGGGCGCUAGGUGAUUAUUUCUCAUGGGGCCCAGAACUGUCCUGUGUAUAUAUAUCUAUAAAAAUAUAUAUAUACAUAUAUACAAUACAUAUAUAUAUAUACAUAUCCUGUAUAAAAAAAUAUAGAUAUGUAUAUGUAUAUAUUUACAUAUCAUUGGAAAAUAAACUCAUCGGUGUUUGAAAGACAAUAGUUUUUGAUUGAGUCGUUUCCUGAUGAGAUGCACGACACAACAUGUCCAUUGCGUCUUUCUUGCCAACAUUGACUGAUCUUUGCGACACAACUUGAGAUCUUGGUAACUUUGCUGUAAACGCCAUGCUUGCGUCAUACGGUUGGCGUGAUAGCACUGAUUAUCUGUGAGGGAGGAAAACACAUCUCCAGAUGGUGGCCUUAAGUAUUAUAAAAGACAUUAAACGCAAUAAAGAUGAAAGUGUUGUGGAACAAAAAUGGAGUGUGUUUGGGCAAAGGCGUACACAACUACCAGCUGACUAGAACAAACAAGCCUUUAGCAUUUACUGUGAGACUUUGCCUAUAAUCUGAGCACACAUUUGUUGCCUUUUAUUCAGCGGAUUGUUUAGAACUUCAAAAGGCCCAUUAGUCCCACUGCCUUGUUUCCAACGCCCCCCCGGUGCCAAAUAUUAUAAUGCGGAGUGAUGAAAGUGUUUUUUGGAACAAGCUCGCUUGGCAAUCACACAAAAUAACAACAACGACACAAUGAGCACUUUGUGAAGCUUUUUUUAUUCUAGUCUGU